AUGGCUAGACGACAAUAUGAUGAUCCUAGUCUCCGUCAGACAGCGGGUCUCACCUUCCCCGUUCUUAAUGGGCAGAAAUAUGUCUGCAAUGGAAGCCGCUGCGUACGACUUCCGACAAAAUAUGAGAGUACGUUUAUGUUUCUACGCUUCAAUGUGCAUACUUUGCUCUGAUUUUGACAUAAUGGGUUUGAUAGAAGCAGUAGUGCGAGGGGGGGGGGCGACUAAAUGUAAUUUAGCUCCCCAGUUGAAUAUGCUUGUGUUUAAUAAACCCACUACAUGCACAUGUUCUCUUUCCAUUUGCAGUGUACAUGGCCAAGGAGAGAUCUGCCUCCAAAUCAGGACGCAUCCGACGAACAAAUUUGGAGGAGCAAGUGUAA